AUGGCGUACAACGCUGUCGCGCAGGGCGAGCAUGAGUUGCCAUCGGAUUCUGACGACUCUAGGGGACCGUCGCCGCAGCCCCAUGCUCCGUUUGAGCAACUCCCUUUGGAUGCGGACCAUAUCGGGGCUGGGAAACAUCUGCAACGUGCAGAAACGGACCAAAACAACGGUUUUCGGAGCCUAGGCUCCUUGGUUCGAUCGCUGACAACGACCAGUUACGACAUGGUAGAGGAAGACGACUACGAGGUAGUAGCCGAUCACCCAAGUCCAACGGGGCCGGACUCCAAUAGUCGCAGUAGUCUACCCCCGACCGAUCACCACGCGGAGACUCUACAAACACCAACCACCGAACGCUCUGUUCCUCUCAAUCAUCCGACCCCUGGGCUUCAAUCCUUGCAAGGAGCCUACGUUCAUAAUGUUGAAAGGCUGGAAAAUGCUGCUGAACGCUUAAGUUUGAGCUCCGCAGAUAUUGGGAGCGAGAUUCGCAAGAUGGAAAAAAGACGGUCAAGCGCGGGCUCGGCCACUGCUUCUAACUAUGUUCCUCAGGACGCAAUCUCUCAUCGCGACUCUAUUCAGUCGGGGACUCGCCUGGCUCAAGUCUCAGAACAACCUGCGCUAGAAGAAUAUCCCGAGACUACAGCGACUCUACCUCUCGCUCAUGCUUACCUUCCUCCGCUUCCCGACGCCGUUCCUUUGUCCACCGUCGAUUUCAACCAGUACGCACACGACCCAUACAAUUCAGAGAUGAGAGCGGUCGAGAUGGAGCGACCGUCGUCGGCUGCAUCCGGUGACACAUACCAGCAGGCUAGAGUCCUGUUCAAUGACUUUGACGGUGUCCAUUACGUUCCGAUGGAUAAGGGGCUGGAUCCUGCACGACGGGUGUCGUUGACGAGGCCUCCACUCGCCAGCCGACCCCAGCCAUACAAACAGCCGCAGGAGGGCGAGAAUAUGGUGUACUAUCCUGCCCCUGUUCCUAUGACGAUCAAUCUGCCGCCGAAGCUUUCCCAGCGACCUGACCAAGCGCAGCGAGAAAAGCGCCGCACGCAGCUCCUGGAUGCGGUCUCGCCUGACAAAAGGAAAUCCGCGCCCUGGCUGGCGGAUCAGAACCAAACCACCAGCGAAGAUCGGAGACGGACGAGACCGCCAUCAGAAUUACCGCCUCACCUUCGUGCCAGUGUCUUCUUCGAACAGCCGAGCGCAUCGCUUGAUUUAGAUCCCGCGCAGACUUCAGCAGUUGCGACGCUGGACAGUAUACUUGAUGCCUCCACUACAGCCCCUGUCACUGCUUUUACAGACCAUCCAUUCGCCGGUCCAGUGGGUCCAGAGGUGUAUAGCAGCUCGAAACAUGGGAAGCUCUCAAAAGACAUGUCUGGGCAACGGAAAAAGCUGCGACCAAAAAGCGCCCUUAACCUGGGACAUCAACCCUCGGUACAGGAGCUCCGGUCCAGUUCUUUCGCGACGCACAGCUUACACCCUACCACGGAGGUAUCUGCCGCGGAAACGCUCGGUACAGCCCAUUUACGCGUAGGUGACAGUGAGUCCAGUUCUGAUAGUGAAGGUGAUUCGGAGGAAAACUCGGAGAGCAGCGAAGAAGGCAGCGAGGGUACCGACGAUGAAGAGUUCCAUUAUACCGGGCCGCCAGCUACGUUACUUGCAGAACUGGAACAAAGAAAGCAUGACCUCAAACAGAGGCGCCGAACGGCAGCUAAUGCUGGUGGCAUGCAUUCAACUCUUCUUCAGCUUGAGGCGGUAGCAGCUAAACAGAGCGAACAUCGGCGGCAGAAGCCUGUUGCCCUCGCUUGGGAACCUCCUGAUGCUCAUCCUAACGUUGAAGAUGAUGAUGAAGACGUUCCUCUUGGCAUGCUUUUCCCCGAAAAAGCGCAAGCUACUGACGAGGUACGGCCCCUGGGUCUCAUGGAGAAGAGGGAGAUGGAAGAGAGCGAGCCGCUUAGUAGGCGGCGCGCGCGAUUACGGGGCGAGCCACUACCUCCGCCUAUUGACCAACGUCCUAUGACUAUGUACUCGCAAGGGAAUCCCGCCGCGCUCACUCCGGAUCAUGCUGAUGACAGUGGAGAUGAAGGGGAAACCCUUGGUCAACGUGCUAGACGGCUAAAGGGCCAUGAGCGUAAUAUAUCCAAGGCCGAUACGGAUUUUACGACUGAGAUUUUAGCAGAGUUCGAUCAUCUGAAGGAAGAAGAAAACAAGGAUACUAAGGAUGAACCGUCCCAGGAAGAUGAAACCCUAGCACAGAGACGAGCUCGUCUUAAGAAAGAAGCUGCUGAGAAGCGAAAUUCAGGUCUCAAAAUUCCUCGUUACAGAAGGAGUAUGGCAGAUAUUCUCCAUGCGCCGCGCCCAUCCACUGCCCGUCAACAGUCCCUGAUGCAGGAAGCCCCUGGUCCUCAUGGCGCCAUUCAGCAGCGCUCUCUCGAUCAUCGGAUGUCCAUGCAGCAAUUACCAGUCAGUAAUGGGCCACCAAUGACUCCAGGAGGUUUUUCACAGUAUCAGGCACCAAGUUUGACCGGUCCCCAUGACCAUCCGAUGGUUCACCCUAAUACAUUCUACACGGACGCAAUCCUGGGCAACGGAAAUCUAAGUUACGCAACGCCACCGAACCUACGCCAAGCCACAAUGCGGCAGCCGAUUGAUCCUGGGCAGAGAGCCGUCAUUGACCGCUGGAGGCAGAGCAUUGUUUAG